CAUUUUAAUGGCUGGAAGGGAAUAAAUGGAAAGGUAUCAAACACAUCAAACAUAUGGAAACCACAUGUUUAACUCCAUUCCAUUUAUUCCAUUCCAGCCAUUACAAUGAGCCCGUCCUCUCCUCCCACCAGCAUCUCUGCUUCAUAUAGAAAACAGAAUGUAAGCUUGCGAGAUCAGGAUGGUCAAACGAGGCUUGGUUGAUUACACCCGCUAUAGAUAAUCCUCUUAUUUCCCCUUGUAUAAUAGUGUGCUGUGCUGUAGUUAGUACACGCUUCAUUGAGAUUGAUAAAAUGAUGUGUGGAAAAAUAAUGUGUUCAGCAAAAAAGACGAGAAGAAGGAUGAGAAGAAGCCGGAUCCCCCGAAGCCACCUGAUAAGAAACCGGAUGAGAAGAAACCAGAUCCCCCUAAAGAAGUGUGGAUCAUUGACCCCGCCACAGAUAUGUACUACCAAUGGCUGACAAUAGUAGCUGUCCCAGCAUUCUACAACUUAAUGCUUCUGGUGCCAAGGGCUAGUUUCAAUGACCUGCAGGCCAACUAUGUAAUGCUGUGGAUGGUUCUCGACUACACUUCAGAUGUCAUCUAUUACAUUGACACGUUUGUGAGAUCUAGGACAGGUUUCCUGGAACAAGGAUUGCUCGUGAAGGACCCAGUGAAACUAAAAGAACACUACCGAGCCCAGAAUCAAUUUAAAUAUGACAUCAUAUCGAUGAUACCUACCGAUCUUGCCUUCAUUCCAUACGGUUACAACAAUCCAGAGUUCAGAUUCAACCGCCUCGGCAAGAUGGCUCGCCUCUUUGAGUUCUUCGACCGAACGGAAACCAGGACAAACUACCCCAACAUUUUCAGAAUCGGCAACCUUGUGCUUUACAUCCUGAUCAUCAUCCACUGGAACGCCUGCGUCUUCUACGCCCUCUCCAAACUCCUGGGCUUCGGCUCAGACACCUGGGUGUACCCAAACAUCACUGACCCCGAGAUGGGCCAGCUGUCCAGGAAGUACGUCUACUGUCUCUACUGGUCCACGCUGACCCUGACCACCAUUGGAGAGACCCCGCCCCCUGUCAGAGACAUCGAGUACUUGUUUGUUGUUGCCGACUUCCUCACGGGUGUGCUGAUUUUUGCAACCAUUGUCGGUAACGUGGGCGCCAUGAUCUCCAACAUGAACGCGGCACGCGCCGAGUUCCAGGCCAAGAUCGACUCGAUCAAGCAGUACAUGGAGUUUCGUAAGGUCUCCAAGGUCCUGGAGGCCAGGGUGGUCAAGUGGUUUGACUACCUGUGGACGGAGAAGAAGACCUGCGACGAGAAGGAGGUUCUGAAGAACCUGCCGGACAAGCUAAAAGCUGAGAUUGCCAUCAACGUCCACAUGGAGACGCUGAGGAAAGUGCGUAUCUUCCAGGAUUGCGAAGCCGGCCUGCUGAUUGAGCUUGUGCUCAAGCUGCAGCCGCAGGUCUUCAGCCCCGGAGACUACAUCUGUAAGAAGGGUGACAUUGGCCGAGAGAUGUACAUCAUCAAAGAAGGGAAGCUAGCUGUGGUGGCGGACGAUGGGGUCACACAGUGGUGUGUGCUGAGCGAUGGGGCGUACUUCGGAGAUCUCAGUAUCCUGGGCAUCAAGGGCAGUAAGGCUGGCAACAGAAGAACAGCCAACAUCAGGAGCGUGGGUUACUCUGACCUCUUCGCCCUGUCUAAAGACGACCUGAUGGAUGCUCUCACUGAGUACCCUGACGCCAAGUACGCUCUGGAAGAGAAAGGCAAGGCCAUCCUGAUGAAAGACAACCUCAUUGAUGAGGAAUUGGGAAACAAGGCCGACCCCAAAGAAAUGGAGAACAAAGUCCUUACGAUGGAGACCAACAUGGAGGUCAUGACAAUCAAGUUCACCAGAAUGAUUGCCGAGUGGGAAACAUACCAGGCCAAGGUCAAGCAGCGCAUCAGCAACAUGGAGGCCAGGGUCAAACCCCUCAGGCAGGACAAAUAAUCAGGCAGGACAAAUAAUCACAUGCAGAAUAUCUACUCUACAUAUUUGACAGACACGGACAUUAAAUGUAAAUAUAUAGCCCAUACUCACAAUUUAGAUCUGGUUAGAUCUAAAUAGCUUUCCAUCCAAGUGGAUUAUAACCAUAAACUGUAUUGUUGACUAGUCAAAAGCAGUGGAGGCUGGUGGGAGGAGCUAUAGGAGGACUGGCUCAUUGUAAUGGCUGGAAUGCAAAAAAUGUAACAGUAUCAAACACAUGGAAUCCACAUGUUUGACUGCGUUCCAUUUAUUCCAAAAGUAUACCUAGUUUCAAACAUAAACUCAGCCAAAAAAGAAACAUUCUCUCACUGUCAACUGCGUUUAUUUUCAGAAAACCUUACAUGUGUAAAUAUUUGUAUGAACAUAAGAAGAUUCAACAACUGAGACAUAAACUGAACAAGUUCCACAGACAUGUGACUAACAGAAAUGGAAUAAUGUGUCCCUGAA